AUGCCAUCUCAGCAACUACGAAAUCCUGAAUAUAGACCUACUGAAAUAAUCAAGAAAUGUCAAGAACAAGGCCGACCUGCACAUAUUGCUGGGCCGAUGGUUCGUUACUCCAAACUUCCUUUCCGUGAACUUUGCAGAUUUUAUAAUGUUGAUAUUGUUUAUACACCUAUGAUUUUGGCACGAGAGUUUGUACGUAAUGAAACCGCAAGAUAUACUGAUUUUACCACCAAUGAUAUCGAUAAAUCUGUUAUUGUACAGGUUGGUGUUAAUAAUGUUGAAGAUUUCAUGAAAUUUGUGGAUAUGAUUCACCCAUUUGUAGAUGCAAUUGGAAUUAACUGUGGAUGCCCUAUUAAAGAACAAGUACGUGAAGGUAUUGGUGCUGCUUUAAUGUCUGAACCCGAUUUGGUUGCCGAUUUGAUUAAAGCUGCCAAAGCAAAAUACGGAGAAUCCAUUUGCAUUGAUACAAAGAUUAGAAUUCAUAGUGAUAUUAAUCAAACCGUUGAAUUUGCCAAAAAAGUAGUUGCCGCAGGUACAGAUAUGAUUACUGUACAUGGAAGAACAAAAAGUACCCGAUCAACUGUUCCAGUUAAUUUAGAAGCCAUAAAGAUUAUUAGAGAUAAUGUUAAAACUAUCCCUGUGAUAGCGAAUGGUGAUUGUUUUACAUUAGAUGACUGUAAUAGAAUUGCUGAAUUUACUGGAGUUGAUGGUGUUAUGUCUGCUCGUGGUAUCUUAGCCAAUCCUGCCUUAUUCACUGGGUUGGAUAAAACUCCGUGGAGUGCUGUUGAAAUGUUUAUGCAUUUGGCAACCGCGUAUGGACUUCCGUAUAAACUUGCCCAAUAUCACGUGGCACACUUAUUAGAAGAUACCAUUCCUAAAAAAUACCUAAAAGGAAUCAAUGAAAAACUCAACAUGGUGGAUUUAAUAGAUUAUUUGGAUGAACAUUUUGUAUUGAAAAGAAAAGGUGAAAAAGGUUUUGCAACCGACAUUGAACCACAAUGGAGAAUAAACAUCGAAAAGUUGGAGAUCUAA